AUGUCUCUCCCACAAAACUCAACUUUGUCAUCGGUCCCAUCCAUAUCACCAUCAUCAUGUAAGAGACGCAAACGGAUGCAAAUCACAAAUGUCAAAUUGAUUACCGAACUCCCAGACGAGUUGUUGCUCAAGAUCCUAAUGACCAUGAGCACAGAGGAAGCAGUGAGGACAAGUCUGAUAUCUAAACGAUGGGAGGGUGUUUGGAAAAAACUGCCUCAUCUUAGCUUCGAUAUGAGAAAGACUGUCACCUCCAAGGAAUAUCUAAUCGAUCGUUCUGAUUAUAUUGCUCAGCUGAUAACUAAGGUUAUAAGAAAUCACGGGGGCCAUAUGGAGUGUUGCAAAAUCCAACAUUUCUCAUACCAAAUCCGAGACGGUAUGCUCGAAACUUGGAUCCAAUUACUGACUCGUGUGAAGCACACAAAAUGUCUCGAACUGAGAAACCUUCGUAGUCGCCGCACGGGAUCCAGUGUGGCCUGGUUGUCCCCAAACAUAUUCUCCCAUCCAGACCUCACAUCACUCCUCCUAUUUCGAUACGAUUUAGAAUCUGCACUUGCCUUCGACAAUUGUCAUAACCUCAGCAUUCUCAGGCUUGAAAAAAUAUGCGCCGAGGCUGCUGUGUUCAACACUGUUAUUAAAUCGUGCCCCUUCCUCAAGGUGCUGGUACUAGACAUAACGUGGUACACCCGGACUGGUGGUUUGAAGAUUCACCACGACAACCUUAAGCUCUUGCAUCUGGCAUGCACUGAUAUUGAUUACAUUGAAGUGUCUGCUGCUCUUCUGGACAUCUUCUCUGUUAACUAUGUUUUUGUUAGGGAAUGUUACGUCCGACUUUCAAUCCCUAGAAUGCUCCAGUUUAAUAAAAAUGACUGGUUGGCAGAAGCAAAUAUGCCUCACAUUUCCUACAAUAUUUCAUGUGGUGAUCAGGGGGAAGAAAACAUUGCGCAUGAGUUCGUGGUGAGCAGAAAGAAUUACAAUUUGAGGAGGUUCACGUCUUUGACAGUCAGUGUGGAUGUGAUGGAUCCGAAAGAAGUUCACAUGCUGAAGGAAUUUUUAGAUGUCUGGGGCAGAGAAGUGAGAAAGCUCGAGAUCUUCUUCAAGGAUAACAACGUUCUGAAGGAAGAAGGUGAAUCUUCUGUUGACGUAGCACAAGGGAAGAAGUGGGAACGUUUCUAUCUCAAUGCUGAUUUCAUUGUGAAAGAUGUGUGGAUGUAUAACUUCAGUGGUUUGAAUGAGGAAGAAUUUGUGUUAGCUUCACGUUUUGUGACACAAGGAACGAUGAUCAAGAAGCUGAUGAUCAAGACGUCGCCGACUAAUGAAAAUAAUUGGUUGGGGAUACAGACGGCAGUGGCCAAACUAAUGGAACUUCCAAAAGGUAAUAAGGAGCUUAAUAUUGUAUUUUUCUGA